AUGAAGCUUUUGUACGUUCUCGCCUUCGCUGCUCUGGCAGCUGCCACGACUGCCACCCCCACCAGUGCUGCCUCAACUCUCGAGAAGAAACAACUCGUCAAGAAUCUGCGGGGCAAUCGUCGACUUGGUGGCGGGGGUGGUGCUCCUAUUACGUUCGAUGAUGCCUUGGCCACGAAAGGUUCAAGCACCACGAACCAGGAGACCGUAGAGCAGAACAGCUCAAACCCUGCGGAGCAAGUGGAGCAGAAGAAUGGUUCGCCAAUUGGCGGCGGACAAGUGAAGAGCGAAGAAGAGAAGAAGAAGGAGAAGGAGAAGAAGGAGCAGGAGAAGAAGGCGAAGGAGGAGAAGAAAGAGGAAGAGAAGAAGAAGAAGGAAGAAGAGAAGAGGAAGAAAGAGGAAGAGAAGAAGAAGAAGGAGGCGGAGAAGAAGAAGAAAGAGGAGGAGAAGAGGAAGAAAGAGGAGGAGAAGAAGAAGAAGGAGGAGGAGAAGAAGAAGAAAGAGGAGGAGAAGAAGAGGAAGGAGCAGGAGAAGGGGGCGAAGGGUGACGGCACGAAGCAGGAGGAUAACAGCACGAAGCAGGAGGAUGGAAACACGAAGCAGGAGGAUGGAAACACGAAGCAGGAGGAUAACAGCACGAAGCAGGAGGAUAACAGCACGAAGCAGGAGGAUAACAGCACGAAGCAGGAGGAUGGAAACACGAAGCAGGAGGAUGGAAACACGAAGCAGGGGGUAGGCAACACGAAGCAGGGAGGAGGCAACACGAAGCAGGCGGCAACGCCGAUGAAAAAGGGGGCCGAGAAUGUGGACCAGGACGAUACGCUCGCAAAUGUGGACCAGGACGAUACGCUUGCUAACGUGGAUCAGCACGAUCCAGUGAAGUGA